CGUUGCUGUGAGGGGAACGAGAUACUGCCAUGGUUUCCGGGCGUUGGUAUAUAAAGUGGUUUCUAGUCAUUCGGACUACAAUUCCCAGCAUGCUUUGCGUCGCGGCAUGUUGGGCGGAGUCGGGUCACAUGAUGAGAUAUUAGGAAGUAGGAGAGACUGCUUUCUGGCUUGGUUCUAGUGCAGUAUUAUUAUGUUACGGCCCAAAGCUCUGACCCAGGUGCUGAGCCAGGCCAACACUGGUGGUGUGCAGAGCACCCUGCUCCUGAACAAUGAAGGCUCUCUACUUGCAUAUUCUGGCUAUGGUGACACAGACGCCCGAGUUACAGCUGCUAUUGCUAGUAACAUUUGGGCUGCCUAUGAUAAAAAUGGACAUCAAGCCUUCAACGAGGACAAUCUUAAAUUCAUCCUUAUGGACUGUAUGGAAGGCCGCGUUGCGAUUACAAGAGUGUCAAACCUGUUGUUGUGUAUGUAUGCCAAGGAGACUGUUGGAUUUGGCAUGUUAAAAGCUAAGGCCCAAGCUCUAGUGCAUUACCUCGAGGAGCCUCUGAACCAGGUCUCUGCAUGUUAAGAGAAUGAAGAUUGUUACGAGGUUCUCCAAGCUGCAACACGCCAGCAAACCCACAGAUACCUCACCAAAAGACACAAGGACUCACAAUCCUUUCCCAGCGUGACGACUGCUUCUGCAAGUGACUGUUCGAUGCUGCCCUAGUUUCCCGUGUUAUAAAUUAUCUCUAUUGUACACUAACGGAAGUCUGAAUUACAGUAAAAGGCAUCACUAGUAAUAAAAAAAAUCAAUAUAGAACCAAAUGACUUUGGAUUGAGUGUUACCGGUUAUUUCAUUGCAGCAAGGUUUAGUUUUUGUUUACUCUGGCGUUUUGUGAUAAUGACCCUUCAGUGUAAUAGGACUGAUUAGCUUUUAGCCACUGGUCUAACCUUUCCGUCGGGUCACUAGUGAAGACGAUGACUCCGGCUUGUUGUAAAAAUCUACAACCCAAAAAUGUUGUAAAGAUAAUGUAAUAAAAUCUAAUAAGUUUC